AUGCAAAGCUUCAGAAAAUGCAUAUUUAGAUACUAUGACUGCCUGGAUCAGAAAAAAGACCUUGGCGAUAUUCCACUGACAGCCCGUGCCUUACUAGAUUUCAAUAACAACAAUGGACCUGUUGAUCUUUUUGCUUUGCAAUUACUGGAUAAGUGGCAGUCAGAAGGAGACUUGAGCUUAGAUGAACAACUUCAACUCCGGUAA